AUUUUGGUUGGUUACUGAAAUUUAAUGGCCUCUAAAAAAAAUUGAACCAAAACCAACAAAGAAUCAAUGUUUAUCAUCAGUUUAUAGACAUGACCGUUUGUUCUGUUUUCAGAAUAUUGGAAAACGAAUGGAUGAACUCUCUCCCCUUCAUUUGAAUCCUUCUUUUUUAGCAUUUCUUGACCACAAAUUCAAAAACUGAAGAACAACAAAACCAAAAACCAUGUUACAGAGAGAGAGAAAAAAGAAAGAAACGGAGAGAGAUUUAGAAUUGGGAUUAGAAUUCAUAUUCUUCUUCUGUUGUAAUAUCACAUUGUUUAAUUGAUCCAUAUUUCGUUUUUUUCUCCAUCUGGGUAUCGUUCAAAUCCACCAAAAUCCAACUUUUCUUCCAUUUCCCAAUUGGGUAUCCACAAAAAUCUUCAAAUCACAAUUCUGAAUCGAAACUCCCAUCUGGGUGUUGCAGAUUUUCGUGUUUUAAUUCCAUUAUGAGCAGAGAAAGUGGCGUUUUGAAGGCAUGGGAAGCGACGGUACGCAAAACUCAAGCGGCUAAGAAACGAGCUCACAGCAUUUUCGGCACAACAUCGGUAGCUCAUGCCGACGAUGGCGACAUCGACGGCGGUGGUGGCGGCUGCGAAGCGAUGGAAUCUGAAUUGAAUACCGGCGAGGUUUAUCAUGCCGACAGAAUCCUCCCAAAUGGCGACUAUUACACAGGCCAAUGGUGCGAUAGCUUCCCUCAUGGCCAAGGCAAAUACUUAUGGACCGAUGGCUGUAUGUACGUCGGUGAAUGGAGCAAAGGCAAGACGAUGGGCCGAGGCCGGUUCAGUUGGCCUUCAGGAGCCACUUAUGAAGGAGAAUUCAAGAGUGGUUAUAUGGAUGGGAUUGGAACUUAUACAGGUUCAAAUGGGGAUACUUAUAAAGGGAAUUGGGUGAUGAAUUUGAAACAUGGACAUGGAGUUAAAAGCUUCUCAAAUGGGGAUUGUUAUGAUGGGGAAUGGAGAAGAGGAUUACAAGAAGGGAAUGGGAGAUAUCAAUGGAAAAAUGGGAAUCAUUAUGUUGGAGAAUGGAAGAAUGGUGAGAUUUGUGGGAAAGGGAGUUUUGUUUGGAGUAAUGGGAAGAGAUAUGAAGGGAAUUGGGAAACUGGUUUGCCUAGAGGGAAUGGGACUUUCAAAUGGCCUGAUGGGAGUUUCUAUGUGGGGUAUUGGAGUAAAGAUCCACAAGAACAGAAUGGGAGUUAUUAUCCUUCUACUUCAACUGGGAAUGUGCAUUGGGAUCCUCAAGAUGUGUAUAAUGUUGAUUUUAGUGAUUGCAAGAUCUGUCUUGGAGAGAAGGUUUCGAUUUUGCCGUCGCAGAAGAAGUUAGCGGUGUGGAGAUCGUCGAAAGGGGAGGAUGGAGCGAAGCCGAGGAGGAUGUCAGUUGAUGGUAGGGUGAGUGUUGAAGUUGAGAAGCCGUUUGAUAGAAUGCAGAUGUGGGGAGGUGGAGAUAUGGAUGAUUAUGCGGCAGGGUGUUGUAGCGAGAGAACGUCGUCGGUCGGAGGAGGAGGAGGUGGUCGAGGGGAUGUGACUGAUUAUAUGUUGGGGUUGAAUUUAGAUAAGGAGGGACUUGGGAUGCCAAUGAAAAUGCCAAGGUCUUCUAAGAGGCAGGGAGAGACAAUCUGCAAAGGGCACAAGAACUAUGAUCUAAUGCUCAAUUUGCAACUUGGGAUCAGGCAUUCGGUAGGAAGACCGGCUCCGACGGCUUCACUCGACUUGAAGCCUUCAGCUUUCGAUCCUAAGGAAAAAGUUUGGACCAAAUUUCCUCCAGAAGGAAGCAAAUACACUCCACCCCACCAGUCAUGUGAGUUCAAAUGGAAGGACUAUUGCCCUUUGGUUUUCAGAACUCUGAGGAAAUUGUUCAAGGUGGAUCCCGCUGAUUAUAUGCUAUCAAUCUGCGGGAACGAUGCGCUGCGGGAACUCUCGUCUCCUGGUAAAAGUGGUAGCUUCUUCUACUUGACCAAUGACGACCGAUAUAUGAUCAAGACGAUGAAGAAGUCAGAAGCCAAAGUUUUGAUAAGAAUGCUCUCUGCCUAUUAUAACCAUGUGAGAGCCUUUGAGACCACUUUGGUGACAAAAUUCUAUGGUCUUCAUUGUGUUAAAUUAACUGGGCCGAUCCAGAAGAAGGUAAGGUUCAUCAUUAUGGGAAACCUUUUUUGCUCGGAGUACUCCAUUCACCGACGGUUUGACCUGAAAGGGUCGAUUCUUGGACGCACGACAGAUAAGCCUGAGAGCGAGAUUGACGAAACAACUAUCCUUAAGGAUCUCGAUCUUAACUUUAUAUUCCGACUUCAGAAAUCAUGGUUUCAAGAGUUUUGCAGGCAAAUCGAUCGAGACUGUGAGUUUCUUGAACAAGAAAGAAUUAUGGAUUAUAGUCUUCUUGUUGGUCUUCACUUCAGGGAAACUUCAGCUGCUGGUGAUUUGAUACCUUCUGGGGCUCGCACUCCGAUAGGUGGGCCUGAUAACGAAGCAGCUCCUCGUCUGUCGAGAGUCGACUUGGAUCAGCUCUUCCUAGAUCCAUCCAGAUGGUCGAGUAUCAAAUUGGGCGUAAACAUGCCUGCUCGGGUCGAACGAACGGUGAGAAAAAGCGACAGCGAGUUUCAACUGGUAGGAGAACCAACAGGAGAGUAUUAUGAUGUGGUUAUGUUCUUUGGUGUCAUUGACAUACUUCAAGAUUAUGACAUUAGCAAGAAGCUUGAGCAUGCCUAUAAGUCCAUUCAAUACGAUCCAACUUCGAUAUCAGCUGUUGAUCCGAAGCAAUACUCGAAGCGGUUUCGUGACUUCAUAUUUAAUAUCUUUGCAGAAGAUGAGACAAACUUCGAAUGAAAACGAGUCUCUCGACUUAUGAACUACUUGUUGAGGAAGCUAUUUAAUUUUUAGCCGGGUCGAGCGGGAAGUGAAGCUAGCCGUCGCCUGGUCACAUUCUUUCAUUUGUUUUAUAUAUAGAAGCAGAUCAUAUAUUCAUAAUGUUUUAGUAAAUGAGAAGAAAAAUGAAGCAAUAGAAUUCUGUUUAUGUAACCAUUUCUGUAGUUUUCAUUACACAAAUUACACAGAGAAAGGUAUAGUCAUUGAUUAUUGGAUAUUUGGUAUCAAUUU